AUGGCGGCGGCCGGCAGCAGGAACGCACACCACGAACAGCACUGCGCACGCGCACGCGCCACUCGCAUUUGCACCAGCCCGCUGUGGGGUCUCAUGUCACGGAAUAAAUGGGUUUUUAACCCAAGGCACCAUGCAAAUGCACGCCAGCGAGGAGCACAGCUGAGAACGCUUCGUCCGCCUCGAGGGUUGAUGGGCGGAGGGCAGCUGGCGCGGGAGCAAGACUCACUUCCUUGGGGCGAGCGUCCUGGUCGUCCUUCGAUGAUGGAGCAGGAGCCGACGCGGCGUCCAGCGGGAGUUCAUUUGAAUGGCAUCGGCGACCCCACCGCCUCUCCUCCGACUGUGGCGCGGCAGCGGAGCCUGCGAGCGCGAGUCGUGUGCACCGGAGCUGCCGCGCGGGCGGUGAAUCACGGCUCGCGGGCUGCCUCGAUCCCCCCUCCCGCCCCCCGCCCCAGGCGGAGCGGCGCAUCUGGAGCAGGCCCCUUAGCGCGGGUAGAGCGCUCGGCAGCAGCCAAGGCAAGGCAAGGCAAGGGCGACCACGUCAGGGACACGCAGGCAGGUAGAUUGGUAGUUUGUGAUGGAUCUUCGAGAUUAGAUGGAACCGGAGAGGGGAGGGCAGUGAGGAGCUGGGCCGAGCAAGGAGAGAAUGAGGGCGGCGGAGUGCUGUGGAGGUCGGGGAGCGGCGUGGGAGAGGCAGGGAGGUGGGCGGGAUUGGACCAGGGGAUAGAGGGUGUGGUGAAGGGGGGAGGAAGGCUGUUGAUAGGAAGCCAAGGAAAUGAGGCUGCGGUGAAGUGGCUGCAGACGAAGGCAGCGGGCGAGUUGCGGGGGCCGGGCAGUGGAGGAGGCCGGGCAGUGGGCAGGGCAGUGGGCUAG